AUGGUGUUCUUUCAUGUUCCGCUGAGACAAAGCUUCAAGGAUGCCGGGUCUCUUGUCGUGGAUGUUUACACAACGGUCAACAGGGGCGGCCUGAAGAGAAACCUCCUCCUCCUCCUUACCUGCAGCCUGUUCAGUCUCCUACUCAGCUCCCUGCUCCUCCUCUACCUGCUCUGCACACUGAGCUAUGCAACGGCGACAGCUGGAGGGAUCGCUGGCUGCUUUGGGAUGCUGCUGACGGCUGCACUCUUCCUGUCGAAACGAGUCCGCUGCAUAGGCGUCCUGUUUGUGGUCUCCUGUUUCACCAAAAAGAGUCGUAGCCUUCUUCUGACGGCCGGGGCCAGCCUGGUGGUCAUCAGAAACUUUCAGAACACCUUAGAGAACAUGACAGGCCUGGUCGACAGCAUGAUCUGCAACCUGCAGGCCAAGAGGGCAUCCAUCGUCAUUACACCACUGGAUAGAUACCUCAAGAUGUUGAAGUGGGUCGGAGAUAUUCUCGAGCAGUUCACAGACUUUGGGGUGGUGAAGUUCAGUUCAAAACUUGAGGUUUCCGCCAAAGUGGAGUCUGAGGGGCUGAGAGAGAAACUCGCUCACACGCAGCGGAAUCUGGUUGAAACUGCCGAGAAUGUCCGGUAUGUUGUGAACACAGUGUCAUCCGUGUGUCACAGAAUGUAUCCUGCCAUCAGCUUCCUCUUGCUCAUGGUGGCUAUAGCACUGCACGUGAAGAAAUACUGCAAUGAUAUGAACUAUGUAAACACUUUCAUAAGCAGUAAAUUCAUAUUUUUCGAUGAGAGGCAGAAAUUGGUGGGAAAGCCUCACGUCCUCCCACUCACACCAGAGGAAGCAAAGGUUUACAUCUCCAUCCCGUCCUCUCAUCCCACCACCCGAGAAGGCAAAGCCGUGUUGAAAUAUGUCAUCCCUGUUUUCUCCCAAUAUGUAGCUUGGAUCAUUAUUCUUGUCUCGGAUGCAUUAACAUACUAUUUUGUUGGUACUUUAACAACACAGUUGUCAGAGCAGAGACCGUUCAAUGUCUCGAUGGUAAUGAACAUCAUGGGGACAGAAACUAUCAUCGGCAUUGCUACUAAGGUGGAAAACCACCGCAAGGACUUCUCCUAUUCCUUCACUCUGUUUGAGAAGAAAUGCCUCCCUAAACCCAAGCUACUGCUCUCAAACUCUAUAGCUCCCUUGGCUGUCAUCCUGACCGCGUUAAUGAUUAUGUCCUUGAUGGCGGGCAAGCUCGCCCAGCUGAGGCUGAUGGUGUGUGAGUGCUUCUUCUCUUCCUCUGCGGAGAGAAGAGUGGAGCACCUGCAUGCCAAAAUCCUGCGCAAGAGGUCAAAGAGGAAAGAGGCCAAUGCCGACGAGAGUGACCUGAGAUCCCUGAUUUUCAAGCCACAUUUCUGGUGUCCGCUGCUGUUUAGACCAAGGGAAGAUGCACCGAGGGAGGAGUUUUCUGCACCAUGA